AUGCAACAAGCAUUUUCAAAAUUAAAAUUGAAAAGUAAAGGUAAUGAUGUACCUCAAGCAGAUCCAGCCGUUACUGCCGGACAACCACCAAGUACAAAACAAAUUUAUCAAUCAAGAUUGAAUUAUGGAGUAAAUUUUGGAUCAAGUUUUGUUUUAGAAAAAUGGAUUUUUAGUGAUUUAUUUUCCGAAACUAAAGGUGAUACAGAAUUAGAUGCAGUUUCAUCCUUAGUUGAUAAAAAUGGAAUUAAUGAUACUAAAUCUAAAUUUGAGAAUCAUUGGAAUAAUUAUAUUACUGAUGAUGAUUGGAAAUGGUUAGUUGAUCAUCAAGUUACUUCAAUUAGAUUACCAAUUGGUUAUUGGGAUGUUGAUGGAGGUAACUUUACUUCUGGUUUUAAGUUUGAAAAAUAUAAAGGGGUUUAUGUAAAUGCUUGGUCAAUUAUUAAAAAAAAAUAUAUUGAACCUGCUUUAAAAAAUCAAAUAUCAAUUAUAAUUGAUAUUCAUGGUUUACCAGGUGGUGCCAAUAAUUCUGGUCAUUCAGGUGAAUCAGGUUCAAAGGGAGAUUUUUGGAGUGAUAAUAAAGCACAAGUAGCUAUGGCUAAAAUGCUGGCAUGGAUUGCAAAUGAUUUAAAAGGUUAUGAAAAUAUAGCUGGAAUUCAAUUAGAUAAUGAAGCUGAAUUUGCCGAUCCUGCUAAAAAGCAGAGUACAUAUUAUGCAGCAGCUGCAACAGAAAUUAGAAAAAAUGAUAAAUCUAUUCCAAUUGUUAUUUCAGAUGGUUGGUGGCCAGAUCAAUGGGUGAAAUGGAUUCAAGGAGAACAAGGUGAUGAUGGAUAUAUUGGAUUUGUUGUUGAUGACCAUGUGUACAGAUGUUUUUCAGAUUCAGAUAAAAACAAAUCAGCUGAUCAAAUUAUAAAUGAUUUAAAUGGUGAUGUUUUAACUAAUUUAACAGAUAAUGGUAAAGGAGUUGAUUUCAUAAUUGGAGAAUGGUCAUGUGUAUUGGAUCAACAAACUUGGGAUAAAACUAAAGGUAAUAGAGAUGAAUUAGUUGUAAAAUAUGGUCAAACUGAAUUAGAUAUUUUUGAUAAACGUUCAUCUGGAUCAUAUUUUUGGACUUAUAAAUUUCAAUCUGGAAAUGGAGAUGAAUGGGAUUUUAAAACUAUGACUGAUAAAGGAGCAUUAAAACCACCUCAAAAACCUCAAAAUCAACCAUCAGAUGAUCAAUUAAAACAAUCUUUGGAUAAUGCUUAUAAUAAUCAUGUUAAUUAUUGGAAUAAACAAGAUCCAAAUGGUAAAUAUCAACCAGAAUUAUUUAAAGAUGGUUUUGAUAUAGCUUGGAAAGAUGCUGAUUCAUUUGCUAAAUUUAAUGGAUCAAGAAUUGGUAGAAAAGAAGCUUUAAAAAGAUCUAGAUUAUUAGAAACUAUUAAAUCUAAAGGUGCAUCUAAUUAUCUUUGGGAAUGGGAACAAGGGUAUGAUGAAGGUUUAAAAGAAUUUUAUAACACAACUUUAUAA